AAAUUUUUAAAACAGUUUUUGUUGUUAACCUCCUCGAGGUCAAAUAAAUAAAUAAUAAAAAAGAAUCUGAUGAUUACAUAAUAAAAACGAUAAGACGAGGAGUUUAGAUUUUAUUGUGAGAAUUCCAUUGCCGGUUGAAAACGUUUUAUUUUGAGUCAAUAAGGUAUGGCGCCAAAAAUUGAAAAGAUUGCCGAAAUUCCCAACUUGGAACUGGGCGAAGGUCCUCAUUGGGACGCAGAAACUCAAAGUCUCUAUUUGGUGGAUAUAUUCGGCAAAGCUCUCCAUAAAUAUAUACCAUCUACGGGACAUCAUUCUAAGCUCGUGUUUGACAAGCCAAUAUCAGUGGUGGUUCCAGUAAAAGGUAAGCGAGACCAAUUCGUGGUUACAGUUGAAAGAACUGUGCAACUUAUCACAUGGGAUGGUAAGUCUGAAAAACCAUCAAAAAUUGAAAAAUUAGCUGAAGUAGAUGAAGGUACUGAAAACAGACUUAAUGAUGGAAAAUGCGAUCCUAGUGGAAAACUAUGGAUGGGUACUAUGGGACCAGAACCAGAAAAUGGUCACGUCCAACUAGCAUCGGGCUCCUUAUUUUCCUUACACAAAGGCCAAGUUAAGACUCACGUAACAAAAGUGGGCAUUUCGAAUGGUUUAGCAUGGAAUACCAAAUUAAAUAAAUUCUAUUACAUUGAUAGUUUUGCUUAUAGUGUAGAUGCGUUUGAUUAUGAUCGCCUUAAUGGAACCAUUUCAAACAGAACACCAAUUUUUACUCUACCCAAGCAUAACAUUGAAGGUUUUCCUGAUGGUAUGACAAUCGAUACAGAUGGUAACUUAUGGGUGGCAGUUUUCAACAGUUACAAGGUGAUCAAAAUCGAUCCCAGAAAACCAGAGACUUUGUUGCAGACGGUUGAAAUUCCUGCUAAACAGGUGACUUCUGUAGCUUGGGGUGGCAUCGAUUUGGAUGUUUUAUUUGUAACAAGUGCAAGUUUUACCGUGGAUGGUGAAAAAUUAUUACCACCCCAUCAUGGAGCUACGUUCAAAGUGACUGGUUUGGGAGCGAGAGGACUACCAGGAGAUAAUUUUGUUCUAUAAAUAUCAAUUUUUAUUAUAAUAAUUAUUGUAAAAUACAAAUAAUAUAAAGGCGCCAAAAGGAGA